AACGAAUUAAGUUCUUAACCCGAGGUACCACUGUAUUAUCGCCUCCCUCUGGCUUCUCCAGGGUGGCACCCAUGGGUUGUCGUGGCACCCACAGUGUGCCACCGAUGCGCUUGCCAGACACUCCCCUAUGUGAUGCCACAAUCCGUGAAUGAAGCUGUUAAAUAAUCCCUGAAUAAUGAUUAAGAUAUUUUUAAAAAAACCAACACAUUUAUUCAUCCAACUCAGUCAGUAUAAAUAUAUCCUGCAGUUGUGCAACUUGUUCAAGAGGACUGAUUGUACCACUGUGUAAGGAAAAGGACAAAACAGGCCUCUGUUAUGGGGUGACUCAUGCAAAUUUUUCAUCCCUGCGUGUUUAUGUUAUUUAAAUUCUGAAUUAAUACAGUACUGUACAUAUAGGUUCAGAUCCAUAAUAGAUGUCUUUACAGAGGAGCGUACCUUUCAGAGGCUGGAGACUGGAAACAGAGAGGAUUAUGGGAAAGUGAAGGCAGCCAUCUUGCGCAGAGACGCCUUGAGGAGGGAAAUGCAGCACCAGCAUUUCAGGGGCUUCUGCUACCAGGAGGCCGAGGGGCCCCGAGGGGCCUACACCCGGCUGCAGGAGCUUUGCUCCCAGUGGCUGAACAUGGAGCGGCACACCAAGGAGCAGAUCCUGGAGCUGCUGAUCCUGGAGCAGUUCCUGAACGUCCUUCCGCCAGAGAUCCAGAGCUGGGUGAGGGAGUGCAGCCCAGAGACCUGCUCCCAGGCAGUGACUCUGGCCGAGGGGUUCCUUCGGGUGCAGCAGGAGACCCAGAGGCAAGGGAAAGAGGUGAGGUUGUCGGUCAGUAUGUGUGAAACUCCCAUCUGCAUUAUAUAUUUAAAGCAUCCUUAUCCCACUUCAAACAGUCAUGGCUUUCCCCCAAGGAAUCCUGGGAGCUGUAGUUUGUUAAAGGUGCUGAGAGUAGUUAAGAAACAGCCUUUAUCCCCUUCGCAGAGCUACAAUUCCCAGAGUUCCCUGGAAAGAGGGUUUGAUUAUUAA